AUGCAAUUUAGUAUGGAAGUUGUGCUCACUCAAGGACAGGUGUAUCAGAACGAGGAACAGGACAAAUAUGAGCUUCGUAAUAUCACGGCUGAAUUCACUUUGUAUGAUUUAUUUGACAAACUUUUGAAUCUGGACGCCCAAGAACCGGACACCGUCGUUGUGACAAAAGCCGAUUGUGACAACUAUAAAACACUGGAAUCUUCGGAGCUGCGAAUCGUUUACAAUGAGGUGUCUAAGCAAGCAGCUGCAACCGUCUCCCAUUUGGGUUACCCAGCGAAUUCGCAGAGAAGUGCCAAAUCCGAAGAUUGGGAAGUCAUCCACUGA